CUCAGACUUCCCGAGGUAGGCACGGCUGGACUUGUAAGUCUUGAAAAAGCCGGUAAUCUAAACUGGCCACAGCUCAUGUUAGAUAGGUUGGAAAUAUGGUUUAUGGCGCUGUACUCACCGUACAGAUUUCUGUGGCAGUAUGCUAAUACAAUGUAGUGCAUCAACUCUUCGUGUACAACAGUCUACUUUACACAGUUUAAACUGUCCAAGAAACUUUCUAAGGUUCUAAAUUUUGUGGUCUUCACUGAUUACUGAAGGUCAGCAAUUUCUGUAAAUUAAGACAUGAGGCCAAGUUCUAGGCUGAAUUUAGUACAGUAUCUCCCAACAAUUGAUGAAGCCCAUGAAGACAUGCUACACAACACUAAUAGAGAAAUCCCUAAUAUGAAUGGCAAUAAUUCUGAUUCUGUAUCAAUCGAUGACUAUCUGCACUCUGUCAGUCAGCUGGCAAAGCCAACAUUUCAUGCACCACAGGAUAACACAUGUGAAAUUAGAAAAAUGAGCAAACCCAAAUUUCUCCAACAAAGAUCACACUCACAAGCCAAACCUGCCUCCACUAAAAUUUUUUUGAAGGAUGCUAAACAUUCCUGUCCUGCUGGUGUAAUGUCCUUGGAUGAUGCCAUCAUCACAUUUGAAAAGAAUAAGAUAAAUUCUUCCCACGUCAAAUCUGACCCAUUGGAAGAACUAUAUGGGCAGAAAGAUAUCAAGGAAGGACCACUUCCAAAUAUCUCUAAAGGAAAUCAUCCCUGUCAGUUUCACAACAGGCCCUUUGAUAAAGCAGUGUUACAACAAAAGUUAAAUACCAACUUAAACAUUAAAAACUUAAUAAAAGAACAAUCUGAAUCAAAGAAAUCUUUUGUCCCUCAAACUUCUUCCCCAGGAGCCUUACAGAAAGAAAGGAGCUACGCUGAAUUACGUUUACAGAAUUCAGACUCAAGACAACACAACAUUAACCUAAGUAUAGAGACGACAAGAAUCUCAAACGCCAAAAUGAAUUUUAUAAGUCGUAACAAGGUCCGGCCUCAGUCAUCCAAGGGAAUUAUUCUAAAAUAUAAAGUAGAGAGGAUGCCUAGACAGCUACAAGCACCAUCAGCUUUGUCACUUGAAAUCACAUGGCUGGAGCCUGUGGAGCAUUUCAAAGGUACCCUAAAAACCUUGACAGACUCCCAGACCUCGCAAGAAAAUAAUGUAACAGUUACACAGAUCUCGAUGAGCAGUGGAGUGUCUCACCGCAGAAGUACUUGGAAAGAUGGCCAAAAGAGAGUCUGCUUACUUCCUGCUGUUGCUGAAAUCUGAAUAGAAAAACUGUACUUUUGCAAAAAUGUUAAUUUUCAAACCUUGCCAAAUUUUUCAAUGUUGCUUGUGUUCCUACAACAGCUAUUACUGUACAAGUUUCCUAUCUGUUGGAUGAAUUGGGAUAAUCUUGCAUAAUGUUACACAUUGAAGCUUGUCUUUCAUCAAUAGUUCCUUAAAAUUUUUCAGUAAUUUUUAAUAUGAAGCAACACAAUUACUCAAACUUAACUCUUCUAUGUUAAGUAGCUUGGGAUCCCGUAA